CAUGGUUCAUUCAGUAAAGUGAACAGGUGAAGAUUAUAUUCCGGUUACAUUUUCUCUCUCCGCAUGGUCCCAACACCUGUUGGUAAAGCUUCAGAAAGCUUUCCGAUACUUUUACUUUGAAAUUGUAUGCAGGCCUACAGGUGACGAGUCUAAAGUUCAGUCCUUCAGUCGGACAGCUGCUGUAUACACAUGUUGCACAGAUUUAUCUGUCAGGAAACCUGCGGUCAGUUCAGUCACUUCAAGAGAGAAAAUGUCGCACUGGACUGAAAUGGAAAAAGAUAGGUCUAAUAAUACCAGAGGAGGGCGCUGUUGUCUCCCACCGGGCUCAUGGUGGUGUGGCGCUCGGGUUUCAUGGCCGCCCUGCUGACUGUGGUCUCCCCGUGUGACAGGAGCUCGACAGGCAGUAUUCACCCAGCCGGUGGUCGCACAGGAUGUCUGCAGACGACGUGAUCAAGGCUCACGUCAAGGCUUUAAAGGAAGGUACGGAGCAGGCCCGCGGUCUGGCUCAAACUUUGCUCAAUGUGCCGUAUGGAGAGGGAGAUGGAGAGAAACUGGAUGUCUACAUACCCAGCACAAACUCUUUGGAUGUCCCGCUUGUUAUCUACAUACAUGGAGGCUACUGGCAGUUUCUCAGCAAGGAGGAGUCAGGAUUCAUGGCUGUUCCACUCGUUGACAAAGGCGUAGUGGUGGUUGCAGUUGGCUAUGACAUUGCCCCUAAAGGAAACAUGGACCUCAUGGUGUCUCAAGUCCGCAGGAGUGUCGUGUCUGUUGUUCAGCAGUAUUCUCACAUCAGUGGUCUGUACCUGUGCGGUCACUCUGCUGGAGCUCACCUGGCGGCCAUGGUCCUCUCAACUGAUUGGUCCGAGUACAGCAUCACUCCUCCGAUCAAAGGUGCUUUUCUAGUCAGUGGCAUAUAUGAUCUCCUGCCCAUCCUGGCCACCUACGUAAACGAGCCUUUGAAGAUGACAGAGGAGGUGGCGGUCAGGAACAGCCCCAGCAAGCUGGUCCCUCAGCUCAAACUCUCCUCCUCCAGCUGCCACAUCGUCGUGGCCGUCGCUGAGAACGACUCCCCCGAGUUUCGCAAGCAGUCAGAAGAUUACUUUAAAACUGUGGAGGCAACAGGUCUUAAAGUGACCUUGGAGGAUGUAGCUAAUACAGACCACUUCAGUAUCAUCGAGCAACUGGUUGAUGGAGAGUAUCAUCUAACAAAGCUUCUCUUGAAGAUGAUGGGGAAGAGCUGAAGAGGCAGUCUUUGCGCCAUCGUGUGAAAUCAACAUACCUCUGUAUCAACAUACACCUCUAAAGAGAGUCAUUGUGCACUAAUACUGAUAAAAAAAAAUAAGCAUCACUCAGGUUUGUACAAUGGUAAAGUUCAAUAUCUGACUACAUUGAUUGAUAGAUUAACAUAAAGGUGGUGGUUGUUGUGACUGUCUAGUUUACUGCUUCACUUGUUGUGUUAACUGUAGAUAAUGCCUUCAGGCUAAAGCGUCAUAUUUUCCAACCACAGUAUCAUAUUAUAGAAACAUUUGUGCCUAAAACCAAUUAAUUUCAAGGAUGGUUAUUUUUACAGAUUUACUACAGGUCGAGUCGAUCAUAGUCAGCUAUAAACAGGUUGUGUAAUAGCCCGAGUACACAAUGCUAUCAUCCGGAAAUACGUUUCCACACGCAAAAAAAAAACCACUUAGAGCGUUGCUGAUUUGUUUUGGCAUAUCUCCAGUGUGGAGUGUAAAGGUGGGUCGGUCUAUUAUGUGUUUUUUUUCCCCGUGACAAUCUGCACCACAACUUUAACACUAUGGUUGGCAAAAGACUUCAUGUCAAUGUUACUGAAAUAACAAAGUGAAUGUAGCUUAUAAUAUAAUCUCCAUGAUUUAAGUAUUUCACCCAGGAAAUGUAAGUGUACUGUCAAAAUGUGAUAAAUG